AUGGCUUCCGGCUUUGGAGCUAAGGGCAACGAGGGGCGUUGCACGCCCCUGUGGCAGAACUUCUCCAGGUGCAUGUCCACCGCGGACAGCCCCUCGGAAUGCACCAACCUUCGCGAGGACUACUUCGAGUGUCUCCACCACCGCAAGGAGAUCAGGCGAUCCAACUCGGUGAUGGAGCAGCGCGCCAAGGUGAUCAACGAGAAGGCUGCGGUUCUCAAGGAGAAGAUCUGGAAGGAAGUUUUUGACACGAGUUGGGCAACUGUGGAGAAAGCGAAAUGA